GAAACUUGGGCUGAAAUAUCGGCUUUUAUGACUGGUCCUUCUCGAGCUCCUCUAAGCAAGGAAGCAUUUCAUGCCAAAUUGGCAUCGACCCCAACCCUUCACCUACCACGAUCAAAGCAGCUCAUGGAAGUGCGUUAUGAAGACGGCGACUCUGAUUUUUUGGGUUGUCCUAUUUCCUCCAGGGUACGGCGUAUAGAUGAGUAUCUGGUGUUUGCGGGACUAGGUGGUGGCGCGGCUUUGGCAAUGGCGGUGGAUGCGAAACACCGGCAUCUAAAAUUGAUCCCUUUUGGUGGAGUCGCUGCUCAUGUGUACACUCGUCAGUCUACUCUCUCAAGUUUAAACUGUGAUGCUAAGGAUAAUUACGGUCCGCGACGUCUCGUGGAGGUGAUCCCAAAACGUGGGCAAGUCUUCUGUUUUUUGCCUCUUCCUGUCGACUCUGGACUCCCAUGCUUUCUUAAUGGUAGCUUUGAACUAUCAAGCAAUCGCCGGGACAUAUGGGCGGGGGGAGACAUGGCAGGUGAUGGAAAAUUGCGGUCAGAUUGGAACCAGGCUUUGCUGCAAGAUGUUGUGGCG